AUGGUAAAUUUAUAUAACGCCCUUAUUUCGAUUACGGCGGGACAUGGCGGAAUGUGGCCGAUUAACCACAUAGUUUAUUCAAAUAUUUCAUUUGAAUAGAAGCACUAGGCGAUGAAAUUGCUCUGCAUUUUGAUUGCUGGCCACGUCCUAAGUGCGCUGGUCCCAGCGUCCCCCACCGACGAGGAUGCACUCAACCAGGACACGCCCUACAUCAAGGAGCUACUGCGUCAAGCCAAGGCUGCUGAGAUCGAGAGCUUUUUGGACCAGAAGGCGGAUCCGUGCACGGAUUUCUACGCAUUCUCCUGUGGCAACUACAAACGCAUCAACUCGGCUUUCAACUUGCAGAAGGACAGAACUGGAUUAUUAGACACUCUGAGGAACGGUCUCAACCGGAAGAUCCUGAAGAUGCUCAACAGAGCCACCUAUACACACGACACUUCGGUGGACAUUCAGGUGAAGCACUUCUUCAAGUCCUGCCUCCGGAUUAAGGAGCUCAACUACAAGGAAAAGCUGAGGCGGAUCAUUGCCGAAUUUGGAACAAUGCCGAUGCUCGAGGGAUCCUCCUGGCAGGAGGACGACUUCGAUUGGGUGGAGACUACUGCUCGCAUUGGCCACCGAUACGGAAUUGCGUCCAUUAUACAAGUACAAGUGAGCACGGACUUCGUCAAUAGCCAAAGAAACAGUAUCUUCGUAGGUGAGCAGAACUUCCCACUAGAAGCACGUUCCAUGUAUGUGGACAACGAAAUGGCCAUCUACCGUCAAAAUCAUCUGGCUAGAAUCAAGGUGAUUUUGGAGCGAUUCUUAGGUGUUAAGAUGAAGUUGGCAGUGAAAACGGCUAAGGAAGUGUUUGACUUCGAGGUGGACUUGGCCAAUGGACUUAAGGACAACGAAGAACCCCAGGACCCAAAAGACCAGCUCGAUCUUCUGACUGUCGCUGAAUUGCGCGAGAGAUAUGCCGCAACCUUCGACGCAGAGCAAUUGAUAUUCGUGAGCAUGGGAGAGGAGAUUUCCGAGCCGGUCUACGAAGUCAAUAGGCGUUAUCAGCAAAAUUUGGUCGAAGUGAUUAAGCGUACGCCAAAGAGCACUGUGGCCAACUAUAUAUUCUUCCGUCUGAUAUGGGAGUUUAUGCUGCAAUCAACUAAGGCUUCGGCAACGAUGCAAGAGCCCUGUGCGCACUACACCAAGAAGUACUUCGCCAAGAACCUGGACAACAUGUUCUACCGCCGAUACAAGAACGAGAAGUCCUCUAGAGAAAUUGACAGCAUGUGGCAUCGAUUGAAGUCCACCUUUAGGGAGGCCUUGCUAUCCAGUCCGGAGCUAGAUUGGAUCGAGCGAUCCACUCGAAAUACUGCCAUCGCUAAGUUGGAGGCCAUGACACUGGAGGUCAAUAGCUACUCUAAGCAGAACAUUACCGAGGACUUUGCGGACCUCAAUUUGCAAGCCACCGACUAUGUGGAUAACUUGCGUCAAGUGUUUCAGCUGCGUGCAAAGCAAAUGCGGCAACUGCUUCACCAGCCAGCGAAACCGAUUGAACCAGCAGUAAUGCUAAGCUAUAGCCCUAGCAACGACCUGUUGCAGAACGCCAUCAAGCUUCCGGUGGCCAUGCUGCAGCCCUUCUACCUUUGGUCCGAGGUCUAUCCGAGUGCAGUUAUGUUUGGAACCCUGGCCUCGCUAAUUGGUCACGAGUUAAUCCACGGCUUCGAAGAUGGAGGACGGCAGGUUGAUGACACGGGAAACUUGAGGGAUUGGUGGGAUGCGAGGUCCAGCAGCAACUUCUUGCAACGAAAUAAAUGCUUCGCCAAGCAGUACGGCCGGUAUGUGUACGAUGGAAUCCAGCUGAAGGAGUCCACCGCGCAGUCGGAGAACAUUGCCGACAAUGGGGGCACCAGGCUGGCCUACGCAGCCUACCGGAAGUGGUUCGAGUCCCAAAUGAGAAAUGGCACCAGUGUCAGUCAGUUGCUGGCCAAGGAGACCCUGCCCAACCUGCCGUACUCCGCCCACCAGCUGUUCUUCAUCAGCUUUGCGCAGAUCUGGUGCAACGAUGUGCAUCCCCUGGCGAAGGCCAUGCUGGUAUCUGUCGACGAGCACACGCCAGGAAAGUUCCGUGUCAUUGGAACCUUGUCCAACUUCAAGGAGUUCUCGAAGGAGUUCAACUGUCCAGCGGGAUCUGUCAUGAAUCCCAGCGAGAAAUGCAUGCUUUACUAG